CUUUACAUUGCAUUUGCAACACACUUUGAACGGGGCACUUGACACGAGCCAUUUCACCAAAUUGCACUUGCACCGGUCCUGGAGCUGGGGUGCCGUAUCACAGUACCUAAGGUAGGUAAUGAGCGUUCGCUACCUUACCUUGAGGUACCUACCUAACCUCUUUACUCGAUUACCCCGCAAAAAUCAACCAGGUCACCACCAUACUACGUACCGUUUCUCCCUUUCGAAGUUCAUUUGCUAAGGUACCUUACCUUACCUUGCUCCGUACCGCCCGUUGACGUCUUGCUGUUUGUCAGAGAGCUCAUCGUUGCUCUCCCUCCUCCAUACACCCACAGCCUUGCUCACCACCACACACGCUCUCUCAGAGUAGCCCGCACACGCAGAUACGCUUAGUGCGACAGACACAAUACGACUGGGCUUUUUAAAUCCCUCUCAUCUCUGCAGAGUGCAGCGCGCAGCUGCCAGGCCAGGGCCCCCGAGUCACACACUGCCCCAACGUACAGAAAGCGGCAAGUUCCAGGAGCCGGUGAGUGUUCCACGAGUCCUUUCACUUUCCACGAGCUUCCCUUCCCGCCUGGUACCUUGCAACAGGCUCCGGCCCCUCUCUCCCAAAUGUCACUGGCCCCCCGUCCCUCCAACGAACCGCCCACAACUCCAAAGCACAGAGUCCAAACACCUCGACCCUGACCUGCCCGGCCAGACCAGACCAGAAAGUCCCUCAUUCCCGAUAAUCCACGCAUUCCACCAUUCACCUUUUAGGCCAACUCUAACCCGCCAUCGGUGACAUCGGCCACCGCACCUCGCUCUCACCCGCCCGGCACACAUCCCCGUACGCCGUGUCGCCUAACACCUGACAUUCUUCAAUUCACUCACUGCUGGCCCCUGCUGACUUAUUUCGAGAUCCGCCAAAAUCUCGCACGGCUCCAUCAACUCGAGUCGCCUGAUACGAUAUCGCAAUCUCCAGAAUGGCUGCCGCUAGCGCAAACGCCAGCCUCGACUCCAACGCCCUGCUCGCCUUCUUCACCCAGAUGGACGAUCAGGGAGGUGUCAUUGUCAGAGAUACCCCAAAGCUAGAUCUAGAUCUGUACAUCCAGAACUACACAGGCCGUACCCGCUUUGAACGUCUUUUCCUCAUCGGCCGGACAUGCGUGCCGCUCUGUGUCGACGCUCUCAAGGCUGCCGUCGCAGAGGCCAAGAAGGGUCAAGAUACGCAGCGUUACCGCGAUGUCGUUGAGUUGAUUCAGGUCGCCGCUCCUUUGGAGCCAGAAGCCACAUUCGAUCAGUCAUGGGUCGAGCUCACGGACAGGGCCAACAAUGCCAAAACUCACGCCCUUGAAGGCGAGUUGAAGGGUUACAAGAUGAACCUGAUCAAGGAGAGCAUUCGGAUGGGAAACGAGGACUUGGGCCGUCACUUUGAAAGCAUCGGCGACCUUAACAGCGCUGGCGAGGCUUACAGCCGGAUGCGCCCAGACGUGAGCACAUCCAAGCACAUCAUCGACGUUGGCAAGCAUCUCGUCAACGUGACGCUGCAGCGUCGGGAAUGGCCCAUGGUCAUUGCCAACCUGAGCAAGAUCACGGGUGUCCAGAACGGCGACGAAGAGAAGGGCCUGCAACCCUACGUCAAGAUCGUCCAGGGCAUCGCCCUCAUGGGGCUCGAGAAGUUUGACGAGGCGGCCAAAAGCUUCCUGCAGACGGAUGCCGGCAAAGAGGGAGUGGACUACAGCAAUAUCGCGAGCCCCAACGAUGUGGCAGUGUACGGUGGCCUCCUGGCUCUGGCAACCAUGGACCGGAAAGAGCUCCAGACUCGUGUUCUCGACAACCAAAACUUUAGGACGUUCUUGGAACUGGAACCUCACAUCCGCAAGGCCAUUUCGCUCUUUGUAAAUGGCCGGUACUCGGCUUGCCUGGCCAUCCUGGAGGCAUAUCGCGCAGACUACCUCCUCGACAUUUACCUCCAGAAGCACGUCCCGACGCUCUACUCGCAGAUCCGGAGCAAGUGCAUCGUGCAAUACUUUAUCCCCUUCUCCUGCGUCACCCUGAGCAGCCUCGAGGAUGCAUUUGCCGUACCCGGCAAGCCGCUCAUUGACGAGCUCGUGGCCAUGAUCCGGGGCGGGGUGUUGCAGGCCCGCAUCAACACAAUCGACAAGACGUUGGUCGCCGUGUCUCCGAACCCCCGAGCUACGCUGCAAAGGAUGGUCCUCGACACGAUUGAUGCCUACGAGCGGGACGCCACGGAGCGGAUCCGGCGUAUGAGUAUCAUUGCGGCAGAUAUGGAGGUCAAGACCAUGCGCAAGGGUACUGCCCAUGCCGGUGCGCAGGGUAUCGAUGAGCUCUGGUUUGAGCAGUCCAACCGACCGACGGUGGCCGGCGGCGCGGGCGGCGACAACAUGAGCUGAUGGCCCUCCGAUGCGGCGGCGGCGACGGGCCGCGCGGUGACGGUGAUACCGGCCGAGUGGUUGUGCUUGUCCGUGGGUCGGACGCGAGAGCUGCAGCACGCCGCGGGCAUGCAACUGGAAUGCUGACAACCGGGGCACUUUUGGUGAUCCACCUUGGCGCCGUAGUCGCAAAAGCCUAAAAUAUUCGGGUGGUCGACUGCCAAUGCAGAGGUGCAGACUGGGCGGUCUCGCGACUGGUCAUUGGCUAUCUCGAAAGAAAAGCAUACGUACGCCUGCCAACACGUCUUUUGUGCCGUGGGAUCAUUCAGACGUCAUGGCACUUUUGUGCUAGGCAUGUCAUUAGCCACUGGGAUCGGGCAUGGGCCUUCACGCAGCGGCUGGGACGGUGGAGCGGCUAAAGCAACAGGCGGCGGUGUUGAUCGCGGGAUCCCCGGGGCCGAUAGAUUGAGGCUUACGCAGCAGGCAUAGAAAUGUGUCAAGAGAAUAUGGUUUUCCGUCG